AGCUAAAUCAGACCUUUCCAGCUGGGCCUAUUUGGCCUCAAGCUGGUGUCCACUUCGCUGGAUUUUGGAUGUCAUUAUCGAGGGGCUGGCAAAGAUGGUGCUGGCUAUCGCUUGUAGUGUCUUUGGCGCGAGUGGCUGAUGGGAGCAUUUCGGGUGCUGAAAUGCUGCUGGUGGACUUUGGGCACAGGCGUGGGGCGGCGUCCUCGCUCAAGCAAAAUAGGUCCACAGUAGAUGCUGCGAAGCUUCAAGGAGCCUUGGUGGAGCACGUGGAUACGGCCACGUUUUCGCCUCCCCACAAUCUCUCCUUUGACCCUCGCAUUGUGGCAGAGUCGAGACGCGGCAAGAUCACGUAUGCAGCGGUCCUGGGAGCGUUAGUGAUGGUGGCAGUGGCUCCCGUCCUUCUCACGCAGGGCUGGUGGGCCUUCAUCUCCCUGUCGACUCUGCUGCUGUCUCUGACCGUCGUUCAAGUGGCUAUGAGAGCGGCGUUCCAUGGCGGCCUGCCCUACCCAUACUCCCUGACGGCCAUCCAUAUGCUGCUCACCCUGCUCACUGCCUUUGCCAGUGGUCUUCCGAAGCCCGGAGAAUUCCGUUUGGCCAUUCAGACCUUGCCCUCAUCGCUGGCCGGUGGGGCGGCCGUGCUUUUGACCAACGUGGCGCUGACUCAGGCCAGCGUGAGCUUUGUGACCAUGCUGGGCUCCUGCACUCCAGUGCUGACCUUCUGUAUGGAGCUGAGCCUUGGCCUCCGUCGAGCCACGUGGAAGAGCAUGAUCCCCGUAGUCAUGGCGUGCGUCGGAGGUGCCUUGUGUGUGCGCGGGGAGCACAGCUCCUCCCUUCUGGCGUUGGUUCUGGUCAUGCUGGGCUGUGGUUCGCGUAGUGUGAAGUCCAUUUGGCAGCAACAGCUGCUCAACCUGGAUCAGCUGCAGCCUGCGCGACUGGCAGCCUGGGGCGCUUUAUGGACUUUUCUGAUGACUUUGCCCUUCGUCGUUUGCUGGGAAGGGGCAGGCCUCGUGCGGCAUUUCACAUCUGCUUCCAAGAGUGGGAUGGUCGCAGCGUUUGUGUCCUGUUCGGCAGCAGUGUUGCUCAAUUUGUCACAGUGGACGUCCAUGCGGUAUUUAGGCCCCGUGAUGCAGAACAUGUUCGGCAAUCUGCAAUUAGUCUUCGUGCUGAUCCUGGCAUCAGUUUGGCUUGACGAAGCCUGCAGCAUAGAGCAAGUGCUCGGCACGUCCAUCCUCGUGCUGGGGGUUCUGGUUGCCAAGGUGGCCCCGAUCUUCGAGGGGCGGGAAAGCGCGCCGACGCAGCAGACUCCGCUGAAGGCUGCCAAGAGAGGUUAUUUGUCAACAAGGAGAUCAGACAUUCCGUGAUCUGACCUGAGCCGGGAUAGACUUGUGUUGGAAAGUUAGAGCAAGGCUGGAGUCAAAAGGCUGGCAGGGAGA